UUUUACUUAUUUGGUUGUAAUUACAGGAAGAAGCAAUAUCAGCUACCUUCUUUUGACAAGAGUUGUUUAAAGGACUAUGUGUCCAUUAGUCUAAACAAACCAUCAACUUUGGCAGGUUUUUUGGAAUGUUUCAAAAUUUUUUACCCUCUUAUUCGAAAUGAUACUGAAGCAAUGGAGAGAAUAGCAUAUGAAUUUUGUGAAGACCAGGCAGCAUGUGGUGUCCUGUACUUUGAAGUUCGUUACAGUCCUCAUGCCCUUUGUACAGAAAACUCAGCCUUUCCAGACCAGGAAAGAGUGUCCCCAAAAGCUAUAGUGGAAGCAGUGAAUAGAGGAUUGAAAAAAGGAGCUAAAGAUUUUGGUGUGAUUGCACGUUCUAUUCUCUGUUGUAUGCGUCACCUCCCUGAUUGUUCAAUGGAGGUUGUGUCCCUCUGCCAGGAAUUUGCAAAUGAGGGAGUGGUAGGAAUUGAUAUUGCUGGUGAUGAGCCGGUGUGGGAAGGACAAGCUAUGGAAGGACAUGUGAAUGCAUAUAAGGAAGCUAAAAGGCUCAAUAUACAUAGAACAGUCCAUGCUGGAGAAGCAGGUCCAGCUGCCAAUGUGAAAAUAGUAAGUAUUGUUAAAACAAAACAUUCCAGUGGCAUAGAAGUGUUCUUUGUUUCAAGGUUUGUUGAGGAUGGAGUAAAUUUUUCCAUUAACUCAGAUGAUCCACUUGUUUGCCAAACAAGAGUGGACCUUGAACAAGGCGUUGCUUUUAAUAAAAUUGGACUGACCCCUGCAGAAUUAACCCAAGCGACAUUUAAUGCUGCAAGAUCUGCAUUUCUUCCGGAAAAUGAGAAGCACAACCUUAUUAAGCAACUGAAAUUAGUCCAUGGAAUAUAUUGAUCCUUUAAUUAACACAAAUCAAUGAUGAUUAGCUGAUAUGACAAUACAUGUGGGGUUAUUGUCGAAAUUAGUCUUUGGAAUAGAUUGAUCCUUUAAUUAACACAAAUCAAUAAUGAUUACUAUAGUUGAUAUAACAAUAUAUGUGGGGUUAUUAUCCAAGCACGAGGUCAAGAUGAGGAGACAUUGACAAAGUUUUUUUUCCCCCAUUUUUUCUCAGUCCAUGAAAACACACACAAAGAGGUUAAUAUCCAGUCUUCUUGGCCAAACAAGCACUAGGAACCAAUUCUUCUGUUUCCUAUUUUUCCAGUUUCUGAACAUCUCUAUAUCAUGAAAUCCAAGCAUGUGAAUCUCUCUUUUUUUUGUCAUUCAUUUUGUCUGGAGCAGAACUUGCCAAUUGAGAUUGUUGGAUAUGUUAGGAUCUAGUCUUAUUGGGAAAUGUGCCAUCCAUUUCCUUGCAUUUGAUGUAAAAUUUUUGAAGAUGUUAUUAGCAAAGAGAUUAACCUAAUAUUUAUAUUUUUUUCUAGAAAGGGUUAGGUGGGUUAUGGGUUGUUUACUUCAAAAUUCAGAAAGCUGGCUGAUUUCUGAAAUGCUCACGAAUUAUAGAUAAAAAAUAUUUUACCUCGGAAAUUUAUUUUAAUCUCAAACAAAAAAAAAACAUGUAAGAAAAAGUGUUUUAGUUGUUGUUAGUUUUGAAAUUCUCACUAUCAUUAUUUAUAUUACUGUUGUAAAUGUAGUAAUUGAGCUCAUAUUAAAAAGAAAUAAAUCUCUUUCCUCUAAAUUGAAGAAUGUUUCCUUCUUUAAUCCCCAGAUCAUUUUGUUUUUGCAAUAGUGUUUUCAUACAAAAAAAGCUCAAUCAAGGAGAAAAAGUCCAGUACGAAUUUGUUAGCAUAUAUAUAUGUAAAACUACCUGCUGGCUAUAAGCCCAGCAGACAAACAAUUUCAACAGUAUCUAGCCAUGCUGAAAGCAAAAGAACAGUGUUGAAUUCAACUUGAAAACUGUGUUGCUAACAGAUGUUGGUGUUGAAAUGGUUCAGUUGUGAGAGACAGGGGUUCUUGCAGAUUAAAGCCAGUGGUUACUAGUUUGUAAUACUGAGCAAAUAUUCAAGAAAGUGAAAAUCAAUCUCAAGCACCGAGCCACUAAAAAACUUUCAUGCAGAAAGGUAAACUACAACUUAUUUCCCAGCUGCUGUAGCUUUUACUAUUUUAUAUUAACUAUUUUGGUGGCCUUAUGGUCAGCUGUGCAGACCUGGUUAUUGUGUUAUGUUCUUGAGCAAAAUACUUUAUGCUCACGAUCCCUCUCUCCUCCCAAAGGUGCAUGUGGGUACAGUUGAAUUGUCAGGGAGACCUGGUGGGCAACUUUGCAAUGAACUGGUACAACCAUACAGGGUGGAGUAGGCCAGCCUAUGCAGCAUUGGCCACUUAGCUCAGGUAUAAACUUCACUUAUAUUUGCUUUUAUUACUAAUUCCAUUGUCCAAAUCAGUACUCCAUUUGGGUAAAGAAAGUAAUAUUUAAUCCAACUGUCAGACAAAUGACCAUUUAAGACCUCUAGUGAAAACAACUGGUGUACCUGAGCUAUCUUAACAACCACUUUACUACGUUUACAAACAAAGCCCACGUUAUAUUAAAGACUCUUCAAGUUGAUGUAUUUACAUUACGAAAUGCAUAAACGAAUGAAACGCCGUAAAAAUAUACCGUUACAACUUGCAUUACCACAUAAACAUAAUUAUUUAUUUACUGUAUAAAAUGAUUUCCUUUGACACAAAAUCCCAAAAACAAACAAAAGGAUUCCUUGUGAGGAAAGCGAAAACAGAAUGUUCAUCAAGAGGAUUUAUUCAAGUUAAAUUUAAGAGUCU